AUGAACAACUUCCGGAGGUUAACAGCAACAAAUUUGUGGAGGUCAGGGUGCCUUAUAGAUCAAGAAACUCAUACUACAAUCUGUAAGAAGAAUGUUAUCUUAAAAACAUUCACUGGAAUAUUUGCUGGUGGGAAUAAAAGGAGCAUCUCCACAGAUGGGUUAGAGGACCAUGAUCGAGCUUAUAUCCCCCGGCGAACACUCAUGUAUGUGCCUGGCCAUGACACCAAGAAACUGAAGAAAAUUCCAGGUUUUCAAGUAGAUUGUGCCAUCUUGGAAUGUGAGGAUGGAGUAGCUGUUAAUAUGAAAGCUGAAGCAAGAAAAAACAUCAGAGAAGCCUUGGACUAUUUAGAGGUUCAUAAUAUCGACCUGGCCUUCAGGGUCAACUCCAGAUCCAGUGGCCUGAUGGAGGCUGACCUUGGAGCAGUCAUCGGCCAUGACCUUGGUUCACUUGCAGCUGUGACCAGAUUGCCUAAAACCAUUCUUCUUCCGAAAGUUGACACUGUGGAUGAUAUCAUUGUUUUCACAGAGAGGCUGCAGUCAUUGAAAUUUGGUCGAGAUUACAGGCCUUACCUCCUGACCUAUGUAGAGAGUGCUCAAGGUCUCAUUAACAUGAAUGACAUCUUGAGUAAAGCCAGGGAUUUUUCAAAAGAUGGAGUCUACCAACUGGAUGGGGUCAUCUUCGGCUCUGAUGACUUUCUAGCUGAUAUAGGAGCAGAAAGGACCUCUGAUGCUAAAGAAGUGAUUUAUGCCCGGCAGAAGAUUGUCAUGAUUGCUAAGGCAUACAGACUGCAAGCAAUUGACAUGGUCUCUGUGGAUAUCCAUGAUCAUGAAAGUCUUCGGGUACAAUCAGAAGAAGGAGCUCGACUGGGCUACACUGGUAAACAAGUAAUCCACCCAGGCCAGCUGCCUAUAGUUGAGGCUGCCUUCACACCCAGUCAGGCUAGGAUAGAGUGGGCAACAGAACUGGUCAAGGGCUUUGAAGAACAUCAGAAGACUGGGAAGGGAGCUUUUACUUUCCGCGGACAGAUGAUUGACAUGCCCUUGUUGCUUCAAGCCAAGAAUGUACUCAGGAUCGUUAAAAAUGUGAAUAAAAAAAUAUAG